GCCGUGUAUCGAUGGUGGUGAGUGCGGUGACCAGAGGCUUCCAGAUUUUAACUGCACAGUUUGCAUCGCACAUAAAAAGCAUAAUAAUUUUAAUUGAUGAAGACAAAUUUUACUUUUAAUGUGUAAAACUUUAAAAUUGAACGUGUUCUAUAUAUGUUAUAGAACAACUGACGUGUUGCACCUAGUAAUAUUUCAGUUUUGAGCAACAAUUAUGUCGAAUAAUGAAGAAAAAUACGGGACAAAAAUUCAAUACGAUCCGUUAUGGAAAGGACCAAUGCAAAACAUUAGAUCUCCUACUGAUAGGAUUUGGUUGAUUGUUUUUUGUAUCUACUUAAUAAUUUACAUUGGAGCUGCCAUUUAUGGGUUCUCUGUUGGUGAUAUGAGAAAAUUAGCUUAUCCUUCAGAUAGUGGUGGUCGAUUCUGUGGUAUUGAUGAAGGAGUAGUUGAUAAGCCCUAUCUAAUGUAUUUGAAUUUAAGAAAAUGCAUACCAUCAAAUAGUACAUCAAAUAAUACUGAUAUUUUUCAUCCCUGUCAAUCUUCAAGUGUUUGUGUAUCACAAUGUCCACUUGAAAAUUUUAUGUACAAUAAAUUUGUUCCUGUAAAUGAGAUAAAAAAUAAAUUAAUUUGCACAGCUGAUGUCAAUCUCACAUCCAUUACAACAGCUGAGGAGAUUGAGAUUUUAAUUUCUAAUGAUAAAUGUGCUAAAUGGUAUUUAAAAAGUAGACAUACCUUAAAGCACUGCAUAGCAUCAGAGACAUGGAAAGGACAUGAACAUGAAACAAUCACAGAAGAAGAGUUGAAAAAUGUUAAUAUUAUUAUUGAAGUUAGUAAAUCAUUUGUGAAGAAAACAUAUAGCCUUACCAAAUUGGCUCUGCGCCCAGCUUUAGUGGCUACUUUAUUGGCUAGCAUUUUCGCAGUGAUAUAUGUGGUACUAUUGAAAUGGCUUGCUUUGCCAAUGAUCUACAGUGCAAUCUGCAUGUUCCUUGCUCUUAUCGGAGUUAUAAUUUAUUUUUUGACUGUUCAGUAUACUAAAACAAAUGAUAAAGGAAUAUUGUUUGCUCUUAUCAUCUGUGUGAUAUUCAUAAUUAUUACUAUAAUAGCAGUCAUCUAUUUUCGUAAAAAAAUCUAUCUAGCUUGCCAACUAAUCAAAGAAUCUAGCAAAGCUGUCAUGAAUUUACCAGCAACGCUAGCCUUUCCAGUUAUUCCAUGGAUACUUUACAUCGUUGUAGUAACUUUUUCUGCUUUGUUUACUUUGAGUCUUCUAACAAUUACAGUUCCUAACUAUACAAUUGAAAAACUGGAUGGUGGAGAUAUAGAUGGUUGCCAAUGCAAAAACCCAAUAGCAAAUUAUUUCAGUGGAGAAAUAUGUAAACCUGAUGAUUUCAGUAAGGAAUGCAGUUUACCAAAUGGACAACCUUGCAAGUUUAUAAAUUGCCGAUUAGAUGGUGGAAUAUAUCCGAGUUAUGUAAAUUUUCUCCAUUUUAUCAAUCUCCUUGGCUUUUAUUGGCUCAUAUUUUUCAUUAGUGGAUUUGAAUUCAUGGUACUUGGUGGCACUUUUGCAACAUGGUAUUGGUCUUUACAAAAAGAUAGCGUUAGCAAUUACUCUUUAGCUGCAAGUAUAUCUAGAACUACGAGAUACCAUUUGGGAACAAUAGCUAUUGGGUCAUUCAUACUAGCAAUCGCUCAAAUCAUACGUUUAUUACUGAAAUCUCUACAAGGUAAAUUGAAAGAAACAAACCAUCAAGUGGCAGAAAUGCUAGUCUGCAUCUGUAGAGGCGUGUUUGACUUAUUGGAUUUAUUCUUAAAUUUUUUAAACUACAACGCCUACAUCAUGUGCGCCAUCCAUGGCAAAAGCUUUUGUCAAUCGGCAAAAAAUGCAUUUAAUUUGCUGAUGAGGAAUAUUAUUAAAGUGUUUGUCGUAGAUACAACAGCAAAUUGGCUAUUUUUCAUGGCUAAAGUACUCAUUACUUUGUUAAUUACCGGAUUUACUACUUUAUAUCUGAAGUAUUCUCUACCAUGGCAAGACAAUGAUGAUUCUGGUCCAUACUCUGCAAUUACAAUAGUGCUAACUAUUAUUGGUACAUUCAUAAUUUCUACAGUCUUCUUCAACGUACAAAGUAUCGCAGUUAAAACUAUUUUCUUAUGCUUUCUUGAAGAUACCGAACGAAAUGAUGGCUCUGAUGAUAGACCUUAUUACAUGAGUAACAAGCUUGAAAAAUUGUUACAAAAAUAAUCAAAAAAGUUUAGUCUUCACUUACUUCUAAUUUUAAUAUUAAUUAAUUGAAAUCUUGAUCCAUUAUAAGCUGCUUGUUCUCGUUUCCCUUUAUAUUUAAUAAUAUUUCUCUUUUAAUGCCUUACCUACUUAAAUAUUUCUUAUUACAAAUUAUUCACUGUAUUUAUAUUGUGAUUAAUUAACAAAUUGACUAAAGUCUAUUUUUAUACAAUUAUCUAUAAUUAUUUUGAUACGUUUUAUAUUUAUAUACUUUAAAUAUAUUUAUAUGGCAUACUGAUUGAUAUUUUUAUAAAAUAUUUUAAUUUAGCAGUCAAUUAUAUUUAUAACAAUAGGUAUGUGUGUGUGUGUGUAUUUUAUAAAUGUAUAUUCAAAACUAUCAGUGUUAAAAACUCUUAAAUUAAAGCUUUAUGUCUGAUACUUUGUCUGAUCUAUACAAUCAAUAUAUGAAAUAUUAUACACAAAUAUAUGAAAGUUUCCUGUUCUAUAUACAUAUAAAUAUGGUGUGCUGGACAUUAUAGAUGAUGCAUUAUGAAUAAAUAUAAUUUAGUCAAAUAAGUAUUUUUAUUAAAUUAUAACUUGAUAUUUUCGACUUUCUAUAUGAUCAAUAUAUAAAAUGUUAUAUACAGAAUAUAUGAAAGUUUUCUGAUCUAUAUAUAUAAAUAUGGUGUGCUUAA